GGCAGUCCUGGAAUCGCGGCCGUGUUGUGCAUCGGUGAGCAACGCCGGCAGCGGUAAACGCUUCUGAGCAGCUCCACAUAUAUAAAUCUUGGCUGCGCUGGCGAAGACUGCGUGAAAAAGCGCCUUGACGCCACAGCACAGCAAGCAUGCGCGCGCUCCUCGUAGCCGCAUGCCUAGGCCAAGCGGCCGCUCUCUACGCGGACCAGGCCGGCGAGCAGGACUGGCACCGCGAGAACAUUGGCCGGGUCACGCACGCCGUUUCUAAACAAAAGGCGCUUUUUGUGAUGACGGAGGCCGGCGACCGCUCAUUGGUAGCGUCGCUCGGCGCGCGGACGGGCACCCUGAACUGGCGGACGGCGCUGCCGCCUGAUGAGAAGGGCCACGCCGUCGCGCUGACCGACAAGGCCGUCGUCACUCUGAGUGGAGAAGGGAAGUGCCGGGCCUGGGCUCAAAAUGGAGGCGCGCUCUUGUGGGAGCAGCCGGCGCUGCCCGGUAAGAGCUCCCAGGCGUUGGCCGUCGUCGAGGCCAAUAAACAAUGCACCGUCGCCGUGCUGGCGGGUAACGCGGUGGCCUUCUGGGACUGUAGCACGGGCGCUGCCAGAGGCGCGUGGUUCGCCGAGCGCGACGACGACGCGCAGUUGGCCGCGGCGUUGCCGCGCGGCGCGGCCUUGGACCUGCGGACGCUCCUGCCGCACAAGGGCCGUAUUUUAGUCGCCGGUUUUGUGAACGGGAAGGCUCUCCUCGCUUCGUUGGACGUGCCGAGCGGCCAGUCGGUGCAGGCGUCGUCCGCGGUGCUCGUGGGACGCGGUCUAUCGGAAAUAACUCUGGCGGCCCGGGCCCAGGGCCCGCCGCUCCUCGUCACACUAGAUGAAUCGGGAUCGAUCACGGCCUACGACGCGUUAUUAGCCAAAACGCCGCUCGCGACGUUGGAUGGCGCCGCGUUGUUGGGCGAGAAGCCCCUUGCCCUGGAAGCGGAGGCCAAUCAAAGGGUGCUCCGUUUGCAAGGCGCCUCCCGAUCUUUACUGGUCGCGGGCGUCGAGGACAUGACGGGCGGCAAGCGCCAGGUCCUGGUUCCGUUGGGCGAAAGUUGCACAAACUGCGCGCUCGGCGCCGCGGAGCAGCACGGUAGGGUGGCGUGGGCGCGCGUCGAUCACGACUAUAGUUAUCAAGUGCGCGAGCUCGACGGCGCGCUCAUCAGCGAGGACAAGGCGCCUCUAUCAUCAGCGAUACACGGCCCUCCCUCUCAUUGUACGCCGCAGUUGUUUGAAUUAAAGAAGGGCGGCGCGGGGGCUAGAGUGUUUGUGGUGAGCCGCGCGCAUACCCUUGCAUCAUUGCAAGGCGACAACGUGGCCUGGUCGCGCGACGAGGCCCUGGCGAACGCCCAGAACCCCGUCUUCGUCGACGCGGCGCCGAAGAAGAUCAGCAAGAGGAGCAAGAUCCCGACCUUCUCCCAGCGCCUCGCGCUGCAGGUCGAGGCUUGUUUGACCUUUGCUGAUGGACUCAUAGAUUCAGUGAAGGACGUCUUCCAACCCACUGCCUCUUCAAAAGCUUUAAAAAAGAAGCGCAACGCCGUGCGCUACGGUUUUGAUAAAAUUGCAGUGGUCAUGAAUAGUGAGGCGGGCCGCGUGUUCGGGCUGGAGAUGGAUACGGGAGCCGUGAGGUGGUCCGCGCUCGUGGAACCGGGUGCUAAAUUAACGCAGUCUUCGGAAGAUGAAGUUCUCAUAGUGUCAAAGACGUCUCUUACGUACUUAAACGCUCUAGAUGGCUCGGCGACGGGAACGGACCACAUCGCACCCCUAGAUGCGUUGGUACCCGCGGCCACGCUCAAGGGGCGCGUGGCCUUCCUCGGCGUUAACUUGAGGGGCGACGGCGCCUCCGUGCGCGUGUUGCCCGAGGCGGCUGAGACACAAGUGGCCAAGAAACUCGCAGAGACGCCAACACACUUCCACGUCAUUCGCGACGGAAUUGUGAGGUGCUUCCGCGUAUCUGAUACGAGUAACGCGGUGGAGGUCGGUGCCGUCGUCGUCGCGCCGCUCGAAACGGACGAAAUCGUGAGCGUCGCGCACCCGGACGGCGCUCCCGUGUCGACGGCGGCUCAUGUUUUAGGUGAUGACGCUCUCUUACUAAAGUACCUGAACCCCCACCUGCUGAUCGUGCUCACGACAUCUAAAGGAGGAGAAUCUGCACCGUUGUUAGAUGUUUCACUAAGGGCCGAGGGCGAGGACCAGGUCGCGCCGCCAUCUUUGACGGUGACUUUGAUAGACGUCGUGGCCGCUUCGGUGGCGCACCGCGUCGUCGUGCCGCACGGGAGCGCGCCGGCCUCCGCGGCGCUUUCGGAGAAUUUCGUGGCCUACACGUAUUGGAACGCCAAAGCUAAAAGAAGUGAAGUCGGUGCCAUCUCGCUGCACGAGGGGCUCAUUGAACGGUUCGGUUUGAGUCCGUUCAAGGUGCCCGAGCAGUCGGCCACUCGCUCCUCAUUGACGGCGCCGCCGCCCGUAGCCUUACAGCGGACCUUUGCCUUGGCGAAGCCCGUGCUUACUAUAUCUUCCACAAGAACACAGCGCGGCGUCUCCUCCAAACACGUUUUGCUGGGCAUGGAGCCGGGGCAAUUAGCGGCUCUAGAUAGAAGAGCACUGGAUCCGCGACGGCCCGUGCUCGAGGACGACGCGACGAAGGCCCAACGCAAAAAAGCGGAAAGGGAGCUGCAGGAGGGCCUGGCGCCCUACCGGCCCUUCGUUCCACUAAUACCGAGGCAGAUGGUCUCGCACACGCUGACGAUCGUUGGACUCAAAAACAUCUACGCGACGGACUCGAAGCUCGAGUCGACGUCGCUCGUGCUGGCCUGCGGCGUCGAUCUCUUCGGCGCGAGACACACGCCUUCGGGAGCGUUCGAUUUGAUCGCGGACGACUUCAACUACGCGCUGCUCGUAUUAUUGCUCGGCGCGAUGGCUGGUGGCAUGAUUAUGCUGCGGCGCGCGGCGGCGGCGAAGAACCUUAGUCUGAUGUGGAUCUAGGCGUGUAUACAUAUUUCUCUACUCCCUGGGCAUCGGCCACGUCCAUUACCUGGCGUCGGCGCCGUUCGUCACGGGCGUAGGACUCCUGGACGUGGACGGCGGGCACGGCGUUCG